GCGGACAUCAAUUUCCAAAUUGCACCUCCAUAUAAUUACUACUUUGUGCCUUUAAAUUUAACAAAUUUAAUAAUGAGUCAAAUUAAAAAGUACGGAACCAAUACUAAUCAAUCUAUUGUUAAGUGUUAAAUAAUCCAACCCUUCUGCGUCCCUCCCGCCUUCUUCCAUUUUUCUCAUUCAUUUUCAGUCCGUGCCUCCCUUUCUACACUACGUAUAUGGCCAUUUUCUCCCCUUUUCUUCUCAUUUCAUCCACCAUUUUUUCUAAUUUUUGACAUUAACUUUGUAUUGAUUUGAUUUUCACUCAAAGUUGUAAUUUUUCCCUCUUUUUUAAUCAAUCUCUCAACUGGGAUUCUUUUUUUUUUGACAAAUUCAUUAGGGUUUUGUUUUAUUUCUUCUAAACCCUGCAAUAACCGUUUCCUUUUUUGCUUUAUAAAAGAAAUUUGGGUCGAUUUCACAUUGUUUUUUUUUUCUCUUAUCUAUUCUUUGAUUUGAUCUAUUCCGUUUUCAUAAUUAGGAUUUAUUUAGGUGAGCUCUCUUUCGUUUUCUUUCUUUACAAUUCGAAGAGUCUUUCCAUUUAUUCUCUGUUGUUGAUCUUUUCUUUUCUAUAUUAAUAGGGUGAUUAUCUUGUGUGGGUAAGAUUUACUCCAUGGGUGAGGCCCCAGCUUUUCUGUAUGAUGAUCUGCACAAGAGCUGUGAUAAUGGGAUUGAUUUGGUUUGCAAGGGUAGGAAAACAACAAUUUUUGUAGGCAACACAAAGUAUGUGAUUGGGGAUUACAAUGAUUCAGCAUUGUCCACUGGUGUUAAAGUUUUUGACAAUUCCUUGGAAGAUUGGGUAUACCCUACAGUUUUGGGCACAAAACCAUCUCUGAGCUCUGAUUAUUGGGCUCUCCCUUUAGGCGAAGAUCGGGUUUUAGUUCUUACGAAUGGUGCUGAUGUAGAGGAUAAUCUAUGGUUUCUUGAGGUUGACACCCCACAUGUUAGAAAGCAGAAGAAGCUUUUGGGAACUAAUGUAGUGGCUUGGAGUAAAGGGGUAAUGGGUUAUCCUGGGAAACCUAUUGUUAUCAGUGGUCCUUCUGGUGUGGGGAAGGGUACUUUAAUAUCCAUGCUUAUGAAGGAGUUUCCUUCCAUGUUCGGAUUCUCUGUGAGCCAUACAACGCGUGCUCCCAGAGAAAACGAGAUCAAUGGAAUUCAUUAUCAUUUCACUGAGAGAAGUUUAAUGGAAGAUGAUAUCAAAAACGGAAAGUUUCUCGAGUUUGCUUCGGUUCAUGGUAAUUUAUAUGGGACAAGUAUCGAAUCGGUUGAAGUGGUUGGAGAUGCAGGAAAGAGAUGCAUCCUUGACAUUGACGUUCAAGGUGCAAAGUCGGUGAGGGCUAGUUCUCUUGAUGCGAUCUUUAUCUUUGUAUGCCCCCCAUCAUAUGAAGAUCUUGAGAAAAGGCUUCGUUCUAGAGGGACCGAGACCGAGGAGCAAAUUCAGAAACGCCUUCGCAAUGCAAAGGGGGAGCUUGAACAGGGAAGAACGCCCGGUUUGUUUGAUCAUAUGUUGGUGAAUGAUAACCUUGACGCGUGUUACCAGACUCUGAAGAACCAUUUGGGCUUAAAUGAAUCUGCCGACAAUACAAACCAAUCUGCUAUGAAGAAGGUCGGUCUUCCUCUCGUGAACUCCGUAUCAAAAGUUGGUAGCAAAAUAUUCUUAAAUUCAUUGAAUACCGAUCUGGGAAAUGCAUCUAAGAACUCGUUUGUGCUGGAUGUCUCUUUACUAAAAGGAGGAGCACCAGGACGGACACGAGGGUUAGACCUCUCACCGGUUAACCCAUUCAGAGCAUUGGCCAAUGGGUUUGGAAAGAUGAGCUAAUUCUAUCCUUCUAAAUGCGCUAACUCUCGACUUAAUUUUUCAAUUCCGUUAAAUUUUUGAUACUUAUAUUUCCUUCACAAUCGAACACAAAGUGCCAUCGUCGCGUCGUUGUCUCCACCUGAUGUCCUAUUUUGAGAAAUUCCACAAGACAUUAGAGAAACCCCCGAAAUGUCUGUUCGGGGCGAAUUACUGAUGUAGUAGAUGAUUAUCCUCGUACAAUGAUGCAAUUUAGAUAGUUGAUCUUACAAGCUUCAUUAUUUAAAAUUGGAAAUGUAACGGUAGUUCAUGAAUUUGGAAAUUUAUGGUCCUUUUGAUGGCGUUCUUGUACUAUCUAAGUAAGUAAAAUGCUGGUCUUUUAGGUGGAAGCAGCAUUUUCAAUUAUUAUUAAUCAAUACAAAAUGCAAGUUGCAAAAGGACUUGGUCUAGAAGAAUAGCACACUUGAUGUAGCUUUUUAAAACUAUGAUAGUCUAUUUCUUCUACAAUCAUAAAUCAAACACUAAAUUUUACCAAUAUUUUUCAUAUUUAAUAUGUGAUUAAUUUAGCUAAUUAAAUGGCCAAAAACCUUGACCAAUAAUG